AACAGGCAGGUGCAGUGUAUAACCCCCACGAUGCUACAGUUCCUCCCAUUCAGAUAAAUAUGGAUGCAAUGUUACAAUACUUACUUGUCCUAAUAUACAUAAGAAUGGUCAUAGUAUUAGCAAUCUCAUGCUGUGCCAAGAAACAAGCAAAACUUGGUAGUUCGACAAUGAAAGUUGACGAACCUCCUAAAAGGAAAUAUUUUGCCCCAUUUAAGCCAAGGAUAAUCGCGCUCAACGAAAAGGAGGUUUUGAUAAAAGGAGGACUAAAAGCAGGACAACAUGCGUAUCCGACUCUUGAUGACAUUGUAAGCGACUGGAGCGAUAAAGAGGAGCUUAAGAAAAAAGGCGAUGCAUCGAGAGAAUCUGAAAGCAAGGAAAGAGAAGUUCUCAAGAUACCAGCAUUAGAAGAGAAGUCCGACGAAAGACGAGCAAGCAGAGAAGUUUCCACUCCGUUGGCUAGGACAGCAAUGUUACCAAUGAAGUCCGAUCCUGCCAAAGCUUCCGUUGAAUUGGACAAGACCUCAGACGAAACCUACAAGCCAUCCUACGAAAAAGUUAGGUGCCGAGGAGAGACUCCAAGAGGCUCACGAAGGACGUCAAAAAAGAAUGAGGAGAGCGCAUCAACUACGCCGCUUGGCUCGCUCGUCAAAAGGAAAAAGUCUGAGAAACCGAAGAAAACGGUCAAGAAAAAAACUGCUCGUGUGUUUGUUACAGCUGAAGGAAAUCGUUGA